UCGGAGCUCUCUGUGGGUCCGUGAACGCGGCACAGGCGGAUAUCUUCGUGCUCUCAGCAACUGCAGUUUGUGGAGUUGGAGUCGGAGGGUGGAGGAGUGCGGAGCAGGCUGCGUGAUUCUCUCUGUCCGGAUCGAUCACAGCUGAUCAGAUGGGAUCGAUGUGUUAGAGAUAUGGCGUGUGUGUGUGUGUGGCUGGCAGGUGUGUGUCUGCUGAGCAUGCGUGUUGAGGCUCAUCAUGGAUUGGAUAGAAGCAGUGACCACGCCCACCCAGAGCAGCAUCAUCAUCAUGUGGUGUCCACCAGCGACACAACCUCAGAUCUGUGCGCGAUAGACCAGCAGCUCUGCGAGGACGAGAACUCUCUGCUGAGCUUCGAGGCGAUCCGCAGCAUCCACAAGCUGAUGGACGACGACGCCGACGGCACGGUGGACGCGACCGAGACGGACGAGUUUCUCAGGGAGGAUCUGAAGGAUCACAACCCCAAAGCCAAACACAGCAGCUUCCACCGAGCCGACGCCCACAUCAGCGUGGAGGACAUGUGGAACGCCUGGAAGGGCUCCGAAGUCUACAACUGGACGGUGCAGCGGGUGGAGGACUGGCUUGCCAGCGUCGAGCUGCCUCAGUACAGAGAAAGCUUCAGGAGACACCAGCUGGACGGCCAAGCGCUGCCCAGGUUGGCGGUGAAGAACGCGACCCUGACCGUGUCCGUGCUGAAGAUUUUAGACCGGAGUCACGCUCAGAAGCUGCAGCUCAAAGCUCUCGACAUCGUGCUGUUCGGGCCGCCGCCAGGCCAGCAGAGCCGCUGGAAGGACCUGGUGCUGGGUCUGUCCAUCCUGAUGGCGCUUGGCGGCUGCUGGUUCGCCUACGCCCAGACCCGGAAGUCCAGAGACGACCUGGGGAAGCUGGUGAAGGACCUGGAGAGCCUGCAGAGGGCGGAGCAAAGCCUGCUCGACCUGCAGGAGAAGCUGCAGCAGGCUCAAGAGGAGCAGCGCUGCGUCCAGGUGGAGAAGGUGAAGGUGGAGGAGGAGCUGAGGAACGAGAUCAACUCGGCCAAGGAGGAAGCUCUGCGGCUUCGUGAGCUGCGAGAGGGAAACAAGAACGAGCGGAGCCGGCAGAAAUAUGCCGAGGAGGAGCUGGAGCAGGUCCGCAAGGUGCUGAAAAAGGCAGAGCGGGAGCUGGAGUCACGAGUCCACUGGACCCCGCCGGAGGCGCUGCAGAAGUGGCUGCAGCUGACGCACGAAAUCGAAGUUCAGUAUUACAACAUCAAGAAACAGAGCGCUGAGCGGCAGCUGCUACAGGCCAGAGAGGGGGCAGAGAAGAUCAAGAAGAAGAGGAGUUCUCUGUUCGGCACGUUUCACGUGGCUCACAGCUCCUCGCUGGAUGACGUCGAUCACAAGAUCCUCUCCGCCAAACAGGCCCUGGCUGAGGUGACAGCGGCGCUGCGGGAGAAGCUGCACCGCUGGCAGCAGAUCGAGUCUCUGACGGGCUUCUGUUUGGUCACCAAUCCAGGCCUCGGUGCGCUAGCCACCGCCCUCAACCUGGACCCGUCCUUCCUCGGGCUGCGACCUCCGACCCCUCAGCACCUUCUCCUUUCUGAUGACCUAGAUGACAUGGACGAGGACAUCCUUUCUCCGGGGACGCUGCAGUACGCAGCGUGGCAGAUGGACCGGCGAGUCAGCGACCUCUGGCCCCUGAGUGGCAUCGCAGACACCCAGUCAGCGUGGAAACAAUCCGCUCAGAGUGUGAUGCCCCUGCGACAGAGGAUCGGAGACCCCGCCCUGAACACUUUCAGCUCUCAGAGGGACAUCAUGAACCGCUCAGACUCUGACUCCGCCCUCCCGCAGUCUCACAGCGACCCCCGAGGUCAGCACAGCUCAAAGUCCUUCCUCCUGACGUCCAGGCUCCACCCACUGCAGGACCCGGGCUCCAGGCUGGGUAUGGGAGGUGGAGGAGGAGGUCUAGAGAAGAGCUCCAGCCUCGGGGAGCUGAGGGGCAUCUCUGCUUCCGUCCUCGCCUCCGCCUGCUCCACUCGCUCCCUCUGCAUCACAUCGGACGCUACAGACGGAACCGCCGUCUUCUCGUCGUCCACCUCUUCCAGCUCAUCAGGUAGCGCCCGGGGGGCGGGGCUCCAGGUUCCCACCAGAAAGGGCGGCACGGAGGAAGACGCCGGCGAGGAUAGCGAGUCGUCCGGCAGCCGAAGGAGAAACGCCUUUAACAAGCUCUUCAAGAAGAAACAUGGACGUUACUGAGCAUCACGCCAGGAACCCAAACGCUUUACGCUGCCGCUGGUUUCCCUUGUUUGAUCGUGUCUCUGCAUGACAGCGAAGAUCAGACCUUACAUACCACCAAAGAAAAGACGAGGAGGAGCCGAAACAGGGACGACCAGACCAACCAUCAGCCCCAGUCCAGCAAACUAACACCAACAUCGGCUCCCAGAGUAUUUAAAUGCUGUUGUAGUGGUACUUUUACUGCAGUGAAGGACUUCACUGCAGGAACUGCAUCCUGUGUAAAAAGCUGUUUGUGAGUUGAUGACAUUAUUGUCAUGUUUUCACGAUGUUACCAAAGAAAUAUCACGGUUUUGUUUUUUCCUCUGAAAGUGCCUCAGAAGUCCAAAAUCUGCUGUGAGGCAGACUGUGGUUUGUGAUGAAGAUGCCCCAGAGCACUGCAGUGACUGAGCCUCACCUGUACGGAGGCCUGAAGCUGCCAGACUAAACAGAGUCAUGUAAACAGCUCAGUGAAUAGAAUAUUUCUGCCUUUAAAUGUACCAAAAAUAAUAAAUGUUGUGGUCUUAAAGGA